UGAAAAUAGUUUUCUCUCUCUACAAAUAGCUCCCAUCCUCAAACUCUGCAAAAUGAGACGUGGGGUUGGGAGAGAGUAGAGAGAGAGGGAGAGAGAGAAGAGGAUUAAGGGCCAUUUGCCCCCUCUGAUCACUACCCUUUUCAUCUAGAGAGAGAGAGAGAGUUUGCACGUUUCAUGGCCCACCGAGUUGCAUGUCCAAAGAUCAUCCAAAGACUCCGUCCCUUCGCCAAGCCACACUACUCCGCGGCCCACUCCUCCAUCACCGCCACCGUCUCUCCUCUCAAUCUCCACCAAUUCCUUAAGGCUCCUCAUCCCACCGCCGUUGACCACCCAUCUCCUACCACCGCGAUUCUCGACGUGGAUGACGUAAAGGGGCUCUUCUCUUCCGUCUCCACCGGUAAGCUCCUCCGGUCGGCGGUCAACCUCCACGCGGCGGCCGUCGAGCCGAUGAUCGACCUGGGCAUGUGGGUCAUGAACUCCAAGCUCAUGCGCACGCCGUUGCUGCGCGAGGCGACGGUGGGGACGAUCAAACACACUUUCUACGAUCAAUUCUGCGCCGGCCCAGGCCCCGCGGAGGCGGCUAGGACGGCGGCGAGGAUUUGGGAUUCCGGGUUGAAAGGGAUGCUGGUUUAUGCCUUGGAACACGCCUCUGAUAACGAGUCGUGUGAUCGGAAUUUGGAAGGGUUUCUAGAGACGGUUGAAUCGGCCAAGUCGCUUCCCACCUCCUCUGUUAGCUUUGUUGUGGUGAAGAUCACUGCCAUUUGCCCCCUCGGAUUACUCAAGCGAGUAAGUGAUCUAUUGAGAUGGGAAUACAACAAUGAGUCUUUCCAACUUCCAUGGAAGCUCAACACUCUUCCAAUUUUCGCCGAUUCAAGCCCUUUUUACCACACGCCGAGCAAACCAGACCCUCUGACUGUAGAAGAAGAGACCGAUCUCCACUUAGCUCAACAAAGGAUGCUCAAAAUCUGCCAAAGCUGCAUUGAAGCCAAUGUGCCUCUAACAAUCGAUGCGGAGGACACCUCUGUUCAACCCGGGAUAGACUACUUCACGUACUCAUCGGCUCUGAUGUACAAUGUGGGGGAUAACCCAAUCAUUUACGGGACGAUUCAAACUUACUUGACAGACGCGAAGGAGAGGUUGAUCAUAUCAGCAAAUGCUGCUGAGAAAAUGGGAGUGCCAAUGGGGUUCAAGUUGGUGAGGGGAGCUUAUAUGUCGAGCGAAAGACAUUUGGCUACUUCCCUAGGUGUUGAGUCCCCAAUCCACAAUACUAUUGAUCAAACGCACGCUUGCUUUAAUGACUGCACCUCUUUCAUGCUUGAGAAGAUUGCUAGUGGCUCUGGCGCGGUGAUCAUUGCGACUCACAACAUGGAUUCAGGAAACAAAGCGGCUGCGAAAGCACGGGAUUUGGGUAUCCAAAAUGGAAACCAGAAGCUCCAAUUUGCUCAACUGUAUGGCAUGGCAGAUGGGCUUUCAUUUGGUUUGAAAAAUGCAGGGUUUCAAGUCAGUAAAUACAUGCCUUUCGGACCUGUGGAGCUUGUUAUGCCUUACCUUCUGAGGAGAGCUGAAGAGAAUAGGGGACUCUUAUCUACAUCAACCCUUGACAGAUACCUUAUGAGGAAGGAGUUGAAGAGGAGACUGAAAGCUGCAAUUCUGUGAGGCGGACCGAGAGAGAAGGCAACUUCAGUGAACCAGUCAGACUUCACAAAUCAGAAUUUUGGUAUCCAAAAGAAAAGAAAAAAGGCUCUUAGUAGGUUUUUUGUUUGUUUUCUCUUGUUUAGUGAAUGUGCAUCCCAAAAGGUACUUGGUGCAUGUCUCUGUUUCCAGAUUGUGAUGCUGCACUAACGUGAACGCUGCUUGCGUGCGUGCAUCUUUAAAACCGCUCAUUCCUUCCAUGUCUCCGGAUGUGUACGGUGGUGAUCGAAUGAGCAUGGAAACAAACUCUUUUUAGUUGUGGAUUUACCACAACCUUUUGUUAUAAAGUUAAUCGCAGUUUUGUUGUUGUCA